CUUUAGGAAGUAAACAAACCCUGGACAGCUCAGAGUGAGAUUUACCGGAGUUAGUGGUCAAAUUGUCGUCCAGUGAUUGUCUUACUGUCAACAAAUAAUACAGACAGAAAACAAACAAUUCACAUCUGAAAACAUGAUUCAUUGGCUUCAGUACUGUGAUUAGGUUUUGCGUGUGUGACAGAUAAACGGCUGCGUCAUCUCUGAGUGUAAUACAGCGCAUCAUCAUGUCAAGGAAACAGUCAGGAAAGCCCAUAAAGGGAAACAGGAAGUGUGAAUUAGAGAGGAAGAGAGAUGAGCGGGCGGCCCGCCGGGCUCUGGCCAAGGACAAAAAGAACAGACCUCCAGGAGGGGAAGACGGAGAGGAGUUUGUCAGCUUUUCCAACCAGCUUCAGGCUCUGGGUCUCAAACUCCGAGAGGUGCCUGGAGACGGAAACUGUUUGUUCCGAGCUCUUGGAGAUCAGCUGGAGGGACAUUCGCGGAGUCAUCUGCAUCUGCGGCAGGAGACGGUACAGUACAUGAUGACCCACAGGCAGGACUUCGAGCCCUUCGUUGAAGACGAAGUGCCGUUCACACAGCACUUGUCAAACCUCUCACAGCCAGGCAUGUUUGCCGGUAAUGAUGCCAUCGUGGCCUUCGCUCGCAGCCAGCAGUUGAAAGUGGUUAUUCAUCAGCUGAACAAUCCAUUGUGGGAGAUAAAUGGUACAGACAAGCCGUCGUGCCGUGAGCUACACAUCGCAUAUCGCUAUGGAGACCAUUAUGACAGCGUCCGGAAGAUUGGAGACAACUCGGAGAGUCCGGCACAUCUACGUAUAGAGAGUCUGAAUAAUUCCAGGCGCUUUGGAGACGGGCAGAAAGAGAAGUCGAGAGGCGCCUCUCCCUCGCGCUCUCUCUCUGAAGAUGAAGAGCUGAUCUUGAACAUUCUCUGUGCCGACAGUCAAUCAGACAAUCUAUGUCAAUCGGAUGCCACAUCACAAACGUGCCACGGUGAUUGGCUGGAGUCUGAACUGAGCAACCAAUCAUCACAGAGAGAUUCGGCCUCGGGGACACACUCUUUAUGUCAAGGCAUGCAGGCUGAAUGUAGUGAAAUCGUAUCGCCAACAGAGGACAGCAUCUCACAUAAACCCAAGCUCUCUAAUAAACAAAGGAAAGAGCAACAGCGUCUAGAAAAGAAGAAACGUCAAGAGGAGAGACAUAGACAGAAGGUUUUACAGGGCAAAGGGUCACAUGACCAGAAUCAGAACGGACCUGAAGCCGUCACUCUUGUGCCAGCACUCAACACCCUGAGCAUCUAGAGCGAAUGAAGAACUUUAAUAGUUUAAAUGUACAGGAACUGUGGAGUAUGACUGAGCGCGUGUUUCUUAGGCAUGGAGAUGACGUGGAGCUGUACGCUACGCUUGAGAUUGUUGGCGGCUGCAUUUUUGUACCGAACAUAGUCAAAGUUUAACCCUCAUUAAUGUCAGUUGAGCCAUCUGAGCUCGGCCAAAGAACACUUGGAUAGGGAACCAAAAUAUUGAGAGGAGGAAGAGUUUAAGAUUAAUGAUGGGCCACUGUUUAAACCUGCUGCUGGGGUAUUUUGAUUGAUUUGUUUAAAAAAAACUUUCGGUUCUGUCCCUACUUUCAGUUUUUGAAAACUGCUUAAAAAUAGAGCAUUCAAAUAAUGGAUUUAAAUCCAGCGUUUCAUUUUCAGACAGUCGGGCAACUUCAUAUUCUGCAGUGAAAUUCUAUAAAUAAACUUUCAAAUGGGA